AUGAACCUCCUCAUCGGUGUGAGUGCCAGCGUCGCCGCCAUCAAACUUGGCGAAGUGAAUGAGCGGCUGAAGGAAAAGUGCGCUGAGAGCAACCUGGACGUGAAAAUAAAAUACGUGGCGACCUCUCUGGCAUAUGAUGCAUUUUUGAAGAAGGUGGAUUUUGGGGAGAAGGUUUUUUUGGAUAAGGACGAGUGGGCAUGGCAGAAGAAGGGGGAUGACAUUUUGCAUGUCGAGUUGAGAAAAUGGGCCGACCUGUUUGUGAUUUGCCCGAUGGACGCGAACACACUGGCGUCUGUCUCCUCCGGGGCCUGCCCCAACCUCCUGACCUGCAUCUGCCGAUGCUGGGAUUUCCGGAAACCCAUGCUGGUGUUCCCUUGCAUGAAUACGCACAUGUACGAGCACCCCAUAACGCGGGAGCAGCUGAAGCGAAUAACAUCCUGGGGCGUGCGGGUCGUGGAGCCCGUGGAGAAGCUCCUCGCUUGCGGAGACUACGGAAUAGGAGCCUUGCCCCCCGUGGAGGACGUCGUUGGAGAUAUUGUGGAGUAUAUAAAAAAGCACCACCUGGAGGUGACGAAAAAAGCAAUUCACAGUUCAUAG